UCAUCGCUGGCCCGGCUGGCCGCCAUUUGCAUUCUGCGCCCAAUUGCGCUAUUUACGCCGAUUUACGCUAUUGCGCGGAUUGCGCCAAUGCGCUUCGAUCCCCCCGAUCCCCGAUGACAAGAUUGACAAGAUUGACAAGGACGGCACGUGUGCACGUGCGACGAAUGCGGCAAUCGAGAUCGUAACCACUACACGUUCCGCUCGCGGAACCAACGCGAUUAAAUGAUGCCUGUGUCGCAGCCAGUACGUGCCAAGAGUUUGUUACGCGCAAACUUGGAAAACUCACGCGCGCGAGUCUUACAGAGCAGAAUGCCCAACAUCAAAGUCUUCAGCGGGACUUCGCAUCCAGAUCUUGCUCAGCGGAUCGUCGACCGUCUUGGCAUCGACAUCGGCAAGGUUGUCACCAAGAAAUUCAGCAACCUCGAGACAUGCGUGGAGAUAGGAGAAUCCGUUCGUGGGGAAGAUGUCUACAUCGUACAAAGUGGAAGCGGCGAGGUGAAUGAUAAUCUUAUGGAACUUCUCAUCAUGAUCAACGCUUGUAAAAUUGCUUCUGCAUCUCGAGUAACAGCGGUGAUACCUUGCUUUCCUUAUGCGAGGCAGGACAAAAAAGACAAGGGCGGUGAUGGUGGAGACUCUAAAAAUCAGAUUGUCAUGAAGUCGAACGAGUGGAAAUUCAGGGAUAUUCCGCCUGACCUGUCUACAAGCCGUGCGCCAAUCUCCGCAAAACUAGUAGCAAAUAUGCUUUCCGUGGCUGGUGCUGAUCACAUUAUCACAAUGGACUUGCAUGCUAGUCAAAUACAAGGAUUUUUCGACAUCCCAGUAGACAACUUAUUUGCCGAACCUGCUGUCCUCAAAUGGAUUAAAGAGAAUAUCGUUGAAUGGCGAAAUAGUAUCAUUGUCUCCCCUGACGCUGGUGGUGCCAAAAGAGUUACAUCUAUCGCAGACCGAUUAAAUGUCGAAUUUGCGCUCAUACAUAAAGAAAGGAAGAAAGCGAAUGAAGUCGCCAGUAUGGUAUUGGUUGGUGAUGUUAAAGACAGAGUUGCUAUCCUUGUAGACGAUAUGGCUGACACUUGUGGUACCAUCUGUCAUGCAGCAGAAAAGCUGUUGGAAGCUGGUGCCACGAAAGUUUAUGCGAUACUUACACAUGGCAUCUUCAGUGGGCCAGCAAUUAGUAGAAUUAACAAUGCUUGCUUCGAGGCUGUGGUAGUGACCAAUACUAUCCCUCAAGAUGGUCACAUGAAAGAUUGCCCAAAGAUUCAGUGUAUUGAUGUCUCGAUGAUGUUUGCCGAAGCAGUGAGGCGGACACAUAAUGGUGAAUCUGUAUCGUACCUGUUUUCAAACGUACCAUAUUGAGAUGAAAAUCUUCCAUAAUUUUUACUUUAAACUAUGUAAGAAGAGCAUAUUCUUUUUACAUUUGUUUAUUGUUAUUGUUAGUUAAAAACUACUUCGUUUACCUGCUAGUUAGAUUUAUAUUCUGUGUGUCCUAUAAUUCCAAAUUAAAAUGACUAUUUUUUCAUGAAUUUUUAAUAGCAAAUACAUGAUUAAUUGAUAUGAAAAAUACAAAUUUUUAGAAGAUUA